AAAGAAGAAUCCAUUCACAACCGGACAUCGCUGGUGCAUAUCGUGACGUCGUACGCAAAGCUCGUGUUGUCACCGCAAAAAAAUACUCUUGAAAAAAAUUUCUGUAUUAGCUCCUAGUUUCGCUACCACAGUCGGCUCCGAAUGAUAAUCUGGUAUUUAAUUUAAGGCGUUGCCUCAGAAAUAAUUAGCUUCUUACUUAUUAAUACAGAGACGCUUGCUUUGAAGUUAUGCUGCAGUUUGAACAUUGUUUUAAUAUUAUUGAUUUUUUUAAGAUAACUUAGGCUUGCUAGGGCUGCCAUGCACACGCGCUAAGAAGAUGUCAACGAUUUGGAGUCCACCAAUCCGUCACCUUGACCAAAAUAUUUAAGGUAUUCCUUGCACUUGACGUCUAUUCAGCAAUAGACAAUUCCUUUCAAUCCAUCCACGCUGUUCAUUUCCUAGUCAAAACAGCUAAACAAAUACAUGAGAUCAGUGACCUUGUUACCGGCUUCUCUCCCCACUCCUAAUUUUAACCUCCACUCUGCUUUUUCAUGACUUAAUUAUUCCCAGCCCUGAACCUGACACCCUCUUAUAAACCUGUCCCCACCCCAUCCCCUUAACCCGGGUCCCAUCAGACCUGCAGCAUUGCCAUGCUGGGCUGUCUGCUGCGUAGGAGCAUGUCUCACAGACUGAGUGUGUUUCUGGUGGUCUUCGGCCUGGCCUGGUGUCUGCUGCUGUUUCACUAUACCAUCACACAACCACGGCGCCAGAGCAGUGCAGAGCUCCGCCAACAGAUCCUCGAGCUCAGCCAUCGCUAUGUCAAAGUCCUUAGUGAGGAGAACCAGAACCCCUCAGGGCCCCAGGGCACCUCCAUGGCAGGAUAUGCUGACUUGAAGAGGACAAUUGCUGUGCUGUUAGAUGAUAUACUCAACCGUUUGGGGAAGUUGGAAGGGAAAGUGGAGGCUGCUGUGAACGCCUCCAUACAGAACAUCUCCCAUCCUGCUGCUGGUGCUGGCACUCUUCUUGCUGCCAGAGUCACUGUUUCCAGGUCCACCAAACAAAAUAUGUCUGCUCACCGACCAGACAGACGUAGCAACCCUCUGCACUUCCUGCCACAAUCACCUGAAAGAUCACAUAAGCCGCACUCUUUAAAAUAGCAAACUGCGGCCAAGGACAUCAUCUGUGCCACUACAGCAAAGACUGAGAUACAGAGAUAAAUAUAUAUAUAUAUAUAUAUAUAUAUAUAUAU